AUGGCGGCGGUUCGCUCGCUUAUCUCCUCCCUCAGGCUCACUCCCGCUCCAGUUGUACCACUCAAAUCAUCAGCCUCCUCCCUCGUCCGCGACGAGUCGAGUUUCUUCAACCUGAACUUGAAUCUCUCCGCAUCAUGCGCUUCAGCUAAGGGCCCUCGACGAGUCGCACCUCCUUCUGCUGCAGCGACUCCCGUCACGGCUGCUGCCGCAGCACCCACAGCGGAGGACGCGCCGUCAGUCGCGGCGUCAGGAACGGAAGGGACGCCGCGCCGCCGCCUGAAGGUGGGGUGCCACGCGGCGCAGGGGCGGCGCGACGAGAUGGAGGACCACGUGGUGGUUCUGGAGGACAUAGGCGCUGGGUUCCUCUACGCCGGCGUAUUUGACGGCCACGCAGGUGUGUAUUUGACGGCCACCCGGUGCGCAUUUGAUGGCCACCCGGUGCGUUUUGACGGCCAUCCAGGCGCGUCUUCCGCGAAGUUUCUGAGCGACGAGCUGCACGACGACUGCAUGGAGGCACUGGAGGGCGGCGCGGUGUUGGAGGACGAGGACCUGACGGCCGCGGAGGACGCGCUCGAAGAUGCUUUCCUUAAAGCCGACCAACGGCUGCUGCAGUGGCUGGAGGAGCACAGUUCUGAGCCCGAGUCUGGUUCAACGGGCACGGUAGCGUUCGUGCGGCACGACCGCCUGUUCGUGGCGCACAUAGGCGACUCGCGCGCCGUGAUGGCUGUUGGGGGGGGCGACGAGGGAUACAUCUCGGACGACCAUAAGCCCAGCGGCGACUCGGGCAAGGCGCAGGCGGAGAUUAAGAGGAUCAACAAGGCGGGCGGAUGGGUGAGCCAAGGGCGGGUGUGUGGCGUGAUUGCUGUGUCCCGAGCGUUUGGCAACGUGGCUUUCAAGACGAGAAAAGAGGAAAUGAUGCAACAAGGAGUGAAGAAGGGGAGGUGGACCACCAGAUGGGUCUCCAAGAGAAAGUACGAUUCUGAUUGGAUCUCAGCGCUCCCUGACGUGUACGGCACUGAGCUGACAGAAGAUGCCGAAUUCGUCAUCAUUGCAUCUGAUGGCCUAUGGGAUGCGUUUUCCAGUUCUGAAGCCGUGUCAUUUGUGCGGAGCGAGAUGGAGAAGCAUGGGGACGUGCAGCAGGCAUGCGAGGCGCUCGUGCACGCUGCGCUGCAUGAUCGUGAGACAGAGGACAACACCAGCGUCAUCGUCAUCUCGUUACGAGGCUAG